GUGGGGGUGGGGGAGAGGCGUCAUUCCCUGGAACCCUCGGACUUCCUUUCUGUUUGUCUGGGUCAUCCGUCUGCCCAUCGCUGGCCCCAGGCUCGCUCUCUGGCCCCAGCCCUCUCUCACUCUCUCUCUCUCUGCAGCUGUCUCUCUCGUGCCCGCUGGCCUGUCUCUCCUUCCCGGCAGUCGCCUCCUUCUCCGCCUGCCUGGGUGGCCGCCAUGGGCCGGAAACGGCUCAUCACUGACUCCUACCCUGUAGUGAAGAGGAGGGAGGGCUCCGCUGGGCACAGCAAGGGGGAGCUGGCACCAGAGCUAGGGGAAGAGCCCCAGCCCCUGAGCGUGGAUGAAGCGGAGAUGGAGCUGCUGAGGCAGUUUGACCUGGCCUGGCAGUAUGGGCCCUGCACAGGGAUCACACGGCUGCAGCGCUGGCAUCGGGCAGAGCAGAUGGGCUUGAAGCCUCCCCAAGAAGUGCGGCAGGUGCUGCAGACCCACCCCGGUGAUCCCCGCUUCCAGUGCAGCCUCUGGCAUCUCUAUCCCCUCUGAAGCACCACCUAAGACCUCCCGCCCGCUACUUGAGAACCUCCAGACACAAGCUAGAACCAGUUGCUGCCCCUCGGCUCAGCUCUGCUGUGGAGAACAUUUGGCAGGAAAGAGGGUCACAGGGAAGGGAAGAGGCUGAAUCUGGAGGUCCAACCAGCAGGCUCCCAGUGCCCCCUCUGAGAACCGACACAGCCGAAGCCAAGCACCUCCUACAUGGAGAGUGGUCUCUGAGGACGAGGACCUGGCCAUGACCCUUCUGAAGCCUGCCACAUGCCUGACCUGAACACUGUGGUCCUUGGGAUGAUGUGGCAAGUUAGGCACCGCUUUGGGAAGAACCAGACUCGGGCAGAAGGCAGAUGACCGAAGAGGCAAAGAUGCACUCCGCACCUCAGGCUGGGAAUCUGAGGGCAGAACUGGCUGAGCUCACGGGGCAAGGGGUUCACUAGUGCUUAUCAAUAAAGAACUCUGAGCCUGGAA